UGUCAUGGCGGAGCCGGCAGGGCCGUUCCAGCUCCUGCGGGCCGGGCCGGGCCGGUACCUCUGCUACUGCCGCGGCGGCACCGUCUAUGUGACCGACGCGCUGCAGGUCUGGGCCGGGGAGCUCGGAGCCCGCCCGCCGCUCGGCUGCGUGCGGACCGCGCCCGGGAUGGGGCCGGCUCAGGCCGUGUCGGGACGUGCCCCCUCUCCGCAGCGGUGCCAGCCGGAGGAGCAGGCCGCCCAGCUCAGGGCCGCCCUGGGGCGCGGGGCCGCGGCGCUCAGCCUGGGGCCGGGGAAGGCCACGCUGCAGCUGCGGGAGGAGGAGGCGGCGGCCCAGUGCUCGGCCCUGGAUCUCUUCAAGCUGCCCGUGGCCGAGGCGAGGAGCCAGCUCCAGGCGCUGGUGUUCGGCAUGGCGGGGCGCAUCGAGAGCCUGGAGAGACGCCUGGAAGUGGUUGAGACACUGGCAUCUUCCUGCAGCCCUGAGAAGAACACAGCCCAGAGCCAGCAGCUCUUCCGUCCAGGUAGGCAAUUGCCAGGGUCACCUCCCCUGGUCCAGCUGCUUGUUAGCCUUCUCUCCCCCAAGAUGCUGCUGGUCCUCUGUCUGUGUGCUCUCCAGGACACUCUUGAGUUCCCUCAGCUGUGGCUGCUGUCAGCCACCCUGCUGUCCUAGUGCCCUUCCUGACACAGAAGGGCCUAGGGCUCAGCACAGUUGCUCCUUGGGGUGUGCUUGGGUCAGAAGCCAAGCAUCACCAGGAAGGUUGUUGACUAGCCUUCAGGAGGAGGUCAGGCUUCGCUGCUCUUCUGAGACCACGGCAGGUCCAUGGCUUCCUGCUCCUUUGGGAGAGGAGACCAGACUUAGCGCUUCCUCAUCCACCACGGGUGCUGGGCCCACCUGGCUGCGCUGCUGGAGGCUCACCCUGAGCACAGCAGGGUUUGCAGAACUGUCAGAGCAAAUGACUGAUCUUUUGCAACCUCUAUCCUGCCUGUCCCUGAUGGAGGCAGACCCCAGUCCCCAGAAGAGCAGGGGUGCUCGCUCAGCUUUGCCGGCCAAGAGGAAGAUCCCAGGAGAGUCUCUCAUUAACCCUGGC